UGUCUGUCUUUAUGUUGAGGAACAAAAGGCCUUAAUCCAAAAAUGGGCUACGAUGUCAAUCGAUUUCAAGGAGAAGUGGACGAGGAGCUAACAUGCCCCAUAUGCUCUGGGGUUCUGGAGGAUCCGCUGCAGGCAGUCAUGUGCGAGCAUGCCUUCUGUCGCGGGUGCAUCAACGAAUGGCUGACACGGCAGCCCACAUGUCCCGUGGAUCGCAACGCUCUGACGACAGCCAAUCUGCGAGCCGUGCCUCGCAUAUUGCGCAACCUACUGUCCAGACUAUCAAUUACCUGCGACAAUGCACCGUAUGGCUGCACAGCUGUGCUCAAACUAGACGUAUAUAAUUCCCAUUUGGAGGACUGUAUCCACAAUCCAAAGCGACCCUUUCCCUGUGAAAAAGGAUGCGGCUUUGACAUACCCAAGGACGAGCUAAAGGAUCACAAUUGCGUGAGGGAGCUGCGCACGCUGAUCGUCAAGCAAACGGAGAAAAUGGGCGAGCUCAAAUCGGAGCUUACUGACCAGCAGCUGACCAUCAACGAACUGAAAAGGGAACUGCAAUUGUUCAAGGACUUUAUGCGUGCCAUGCGCGUCUCCAAUCCGGCCAUGCGCGCGAUAGCCGACCAGAUGGAGCGUGACGAGGUUAUUCGCUGGAGUAGCGCCCUGCCCCGGGCCAGGGUCACACGCUGGGGGGGAAUGAUCUCUACGCCCGAUGAUGCACUGCAACUCAUGAUCAAGCGCGCUCUGUCCGAGUCGGGCUGCCCACCACACAUUCUGGAUAGUUUAAUGGAGUUCUGCCACGAGAGACGCUGGCCGCGGGGCCUUAGCUCGCUAGAAACGCGUCAGAAUAACCGCAGAAUCUAUGAUAACUAUAUCUGUCGGCGCAUUCCAGGCAAACAAGCUGUGCUCGUGCUGAGCUGCGAUAACCUACACAUGACUGAGGAUGUGAUGAUCGAUCCGGGCCUGGUUAUGAUCUUUGCCCAUGGCAUCGAAUAGGCCCAUUAACACUACUUAUCUUAGGUCAAGUUCUUACAAUAUCCCAACAGUGCUCAGUUUUGUUGAUUCCUUAACAUUAACAUUAACAUAAACAUUAAGUUUAGGGAUCAAAAUCGUGCAGUCGGUUUUGAUCAUCGUGUAGCGUUAGAACUAAGAAAACGCUCGCUAGAAAGCUCUCACUCAAAUGAAAAAUCAUCAUACCAUUCAAGCGCCUCAUGACGACUCUCAAGUUGUACAAAAGAAUAUACAUUUAUUUCGGAUCAUUGUUUCUCUAUUUAGUUCGUAAAAAAUUAUUCCUCCCAUUUAUACACGCAACAACAAAUACAUUAUUCUUUUUGUCUAAUUAAGCGAUCUCAAGGAAGAAAAAAAUAUUUGUUAUUGUUCUAUAUUCACUUCCGUUUU